AAUUACGCUUACAGUUCCUUUAAAUAACAUUUGGUAAGUUUACAAUCAACAAAAUUAUUUUGAAGGGAGGGUUCUCAGAUAUUCAGAGUUUGGAGCGUAGCGGGAAAGAUUUAUUAGGCGUUUCCUUGAUAUUUCCUGGGUUUAUUCACCGCAAUAAAGUCGGGAUGGGCCCUUGUACCGACCGGGAAAGCCAAGUGGUGGUGCAGGGGGGGGGGGGCUACCCCGGUCCGGCUCUCUCUCUCUUUUCUCAGUCACAGCUGACUCAUCUUUGUUUUGCCGUGUAUUGACCAAGAAUCUCAAGAACUGUGAUCUCUGAUGGAUCUUAGAAUAUGAGAGAAUUGAACUCUAUAUAUCUUCUCCUGAUCUUCUUAAACCUAUGUGUUGGGUUUCCUAGGUUACAGUUUGAUGGAGGGGGUAGAGCCAGGACGGAUAAAUGUGAAACAUUAAACUGCAAUCCUGAGACUAGAGUAAAGAGGAAUAUUAUUGGUAAUAGUGAAUUUAAUUAUCUAACUAAGUUUGGAUAUUUACCACAAUCUAUUCUUGAGACUGGAGCUUUAACAACAGAUGAUCAGCUCCGUAGUGCUAUCAGGAACCUUCAAGCAUUUGGUGGAUUGGAGCAGACUGGAGCUGUUGAUGCUCCGACCAGGAAUCUUAUGAGCAGGAAGAGGUGCGGGGUUCAGGACGUUUCUCUUGGAUUCACGAACAGGAGAAAACGUUAUUCUCUGCAAGGGCAAAGAUGGCACACCACCAACCUAACCUGGUCUCUCCUGCGUAUGGAGUACAUGAAUGAAUUGUCAAGACAAGAUAUUAUUGAAGAACUCAACAAAGCGCUCAAGGUUUGGUCCUCAAAUACUCAGCUUAGGUUCAACUUCCUGGAGAGAAGUGAGUUGGCGGAUAUUCAAGUUUCCUUCCAUAGAGGUUAUCACGGGGACGGAUAUCCAUUCGAUGGUAUCGGAGCUGUUCUAGCUCAUGCAUUCUUCCCUGGUCCGGGAAGGGGUGGAGAUGCUCAUUUCGACGAGGACGAGAACUGGACUAACCAGGGACGGUCUGAUGGAGAAGUUACGAGUCUUUAUGCUGUAGCUCUUCAUGAGUUUGGGCAUUCUCUAGGAUUGUCUCACAGCUCAGUAUCUGGGUCUGUAAUGUAUCCGUGGUAUGCUAGCACCAGUCCAAUGCUCUACCUACCUCAGGAUGACCGGGAAGCAAUUCAACAGCUCUAUGGAUCGCCCAGGCCUGGAACUAUUCCGGAGAAAGAUGAUAGACGGACAACAAUUUCAAUUCCUGAGAUAACUCUAGCUCCUUUAACUCCAGUCCGACCCACCCCUUCCCCUGAUAAAUCCGUCCCGGUAAAGUGUGAAACUAGUUUUGAUGCCGUGGCUGUUAUCCGGAGUGAGAUGUGGGCGUUUAAGGGAAGAUACUUCUGGAGGAUAAACAAGGAGGGAGGAACCAGAGAGGACCCUGUAGAGAUUGGUUCCUUCUGGUACGGUCUCCCCAGCAGUAUAGAUCAUGUGGAUGCAGUUUAUGAGAAACAGAAUCAUGAUAUCGUUUUCUUCGUCGGGAAGAAGUUCUACAUUAUGUCAGGGAAUUCACAGCUCAAACAUGGACCUCAACCUUUAACGAGAUUAGGUCUUCCGGAGUCCUUGGAGAAGGUGGACGGUGCAAUGAAGUGGGGAUACAAUCAGAAAACUUAUUUUUUCUCAGGAGAUAUGUACUGGAGGUUUGAUGACGAUGAGAACAUGGUUGAGCUGGAUUAUCCCCGAGAUAUAUCAAUGUGGAAGGGAGUCCCUUACCAUAUAGACGCUGUAUUCCAAUAUACAGACAAGAAAACAUAUUUCUUCAAGAACCGUAGUUUCUGGGAGUUUGAUGAUAUCAGGAUGGAGGUGGUGACAAGAACUCCAACUCCUGUAGGAGAACAUUGGUUCCAUUGCCCUAAAGAUCUUUAUGAUCCUGUCACAGGAUCUAAAUCUAAACUAUCUAGUCAAAUUUUCAUUUUUAUUUUUUUAUUUAGUUGGAUAGUACUGCUGUAGAUUAGACACCGAACUCCGCUUUAUAGAACGAGAAAGAAGUUGAUUAACGAGUUAAACAUAUAGUUAAAAUACUUAUCGUUUCUGACUUCAGGCAUUACUUACAUGUGAAAAUGUAUCGUUUUUUAGCCUACUGCAAUUGUGUGUCAUUUGUAUAUCUAAUAUAUUUAUGUAUCACAGUUACAUUUACACAUUACACCAUUUUAUAAUCAUGAAUUAAUAAUGUAUAACUAUACACAAUUUACACCUUUUUGUAAUCAUGAAUCAAGAAUGUACAACUAUUUGCAAUCCGUAAUCAAUAAUGCAUUACUAAGCAGAUAACACCUAUUUGUAAUAAUGAAUUACUAUUGUUUAACGAUACUUUUACAUCUACGUGAUUGAGUAAGUGUGUAUGAUAAUAUACACAUUACAACUAUCUGUAACUAUGUAUAUGUAACCUUGAAUCAAGUAAAAAAAACUACACAUUACACCUAUCCGAUAUCAUGAAUGUAGUUUGUAAAACUAAUUUCCAAAUUUGUAUGUCAAUUAAGAAUUUGAGAGAUGCCACAAAUUCGAAUUUUCUAAUCCCUACAUCUUUGCAAACUAUUGGUGUACAGCUUUAAUAUUUCUAACUCAUAGUUUAAAUAUUAAUGAUCUACGAUAUUUGGCUGCAAAAAUAUAGGGAUUAGAAAAAUUGGUGGCAAGUACUCAAUUUCUUAACUCAAUUAGAACUGAAAAAGUCAAAACAAUUAAUUGCCAAAAUGUAUGUAAAAUCAAAGAUCUAAUCUUUUCAACUUAACGUGUUAAACAAAUGCUCCAAUCUAUUUCAUGCUAGUUUUGUUUUUAGUUAAAAAUUUCACUUUUAUGCUAAAUGAAAAUGCGUGAAAAAAAAACAGAUAUUAAUGCUAAUUUUUUUUAUUGUUUUUACUAAUGUGAUAUUUCUGCUUGUAAGGAAAACCUGGUAUCUUGGCCUAAGACUUUGAACCCGCUUUUAUGUUUUGCAAUAAAAUUUUAAAUUCA